CCGAUAGAUGUCAUUGACAGUACAGUGCUUCACCACUCGUUACGCAUUUCGUUAAAACUUUUGAAUCUUUUGUGAAAAACUUUUAAAAAAGGGUUAUUAAGUGUAUAAAAGGUUACAUUAUGCCUAAAAGAAAACGUGACCAUGAAGAUUACGACUAUCUCAGUCGAAAACUGAGGAAAUUAGAACGAAAACUUAGGCGAGCACGAGGAGACAGAAAAUCAUCUAAUGUACCUACAUCGGUGUCAUCGCGGGAUUCUACGCCGUCGCCACAUACCCACGCAGACGAUUCCCCGCCGCCGCCGCCGGUAUCCGCUAGUCCCAGUGAUGAUGUUAUCUUAUGUGACAUGCCACCACCGUCUGAAAAUACUGUUUUGUCUGCACAACAGCCAGUAGCAACAAUCACACAAGCAUGUGAUGUGCAACAGUCUGUGUCAUCAGAUAUACUCCAAAAGUCCAAUGAUGACACAACAGAGAUACCUGAACAGGUACUUGAUAGCGAGCUUUUGGAAAUACUUGGAGAAGACCCAAUAGAUAAAUCUGAAUAUGGUGAGGAGAUUCACAAAGAGUUAGCUAGUCGUCUAGAACAUAUUGCCACUAAAGGACUCAAUAAAGACAUACGCAAAGAGUUGCUUGAGAAAUACUUAGUUCCGAGGAACUGUACAUAUAUUGCAGCGCCGCAGCUGAAUCCAGAGAUCAAGGCUGCCCUGCCAGAUUUAACAUUGAAAAGGGACAAGGGAAUAGAAGCGAGACAAAAACAGUUAUCAUCAGCAAUAACCUGUAUAGGACGGGUUAUUACCAGUCAAAUGUUGUCAAAGGACAAGAAUAAUGAGUUAUUAAAGCAGUUGAUGGACGCUAUACGUAUCAUGUGUGAUGUACAACAUGCUGACUCAGCGAAACGAAGAUACUUUGCUUUUUCCUCACUCAAAAAGGAUAUUAAUGACCAGCUGAUACAUUCAAAAAUUGAUAAGUUUCUCUUCGGUGAAAACCUAGCUGAAACUUUAAGAGCUGCCAAAGCUGUUACUAAGUCUGGAGCGGAACUAAAGGUUGUAACAAACAACUCGACGAAGACCUCCAAUAAGCCCACGCAACCUCAACCAUCCACUUCUAGAAAUUUAAACUGGAAGGCGCCCCCUCCAGCUCGCAGGCAGCAGCAGGGGACGUGGACGCAGAGGAACCGCCAGCCUGCUCCCGGGCGGAAGCCAGAGCCCUCAUUCAAGCAAUCGCGGCAUCCGUCCAAGCCGACCCGCCGCCAGUAGACCAGCAGACGCAAUGUCCAGAACAAUCUUACCCUGGCUGCCGGGAUAUUGUACGGAGGGCGUUAUUAC